AUGGCUACGUCCCUGACAUCGUCCCUACUAUGCAUUGGACCAUUUCCCAGUAAAAACCGAUCAUCUUGUUCCUGUGAGGGAUUUAGUAUCACUGGGCUCAAUGUGCCAGCGGCUGAACUAGAAGAUCUUCAGAGACGCCGAUCAGAAGAGCACAGACAAUACAAUCUUAGGAUGAAGACAAACUUGGAUACACUUAUUCUUGCCCCGUCCAACUCCCCCCUCCAGUAUCCCAUCCAGGGUGUCAUAGUGGAACCUCUUACAAAAUGUGUGAUACCAGGUUUGGCAUUGCACACACAAAAAAGAAGACUAUAUAAGGCGUCCCUGAGUGUAAAGAGUGGAGUGUUCUCUGUGGAGGAUCUUGUAGAUGGAGAGCAGGUGGAUGGACAGAGUCAGAGUGAACUGACCAUUUUAUCCAUCAGUCUCAUACAACUCAACAACCUGUUGAGCAGAAUGACCUACACUAGCACCUUCUACCAUGUAAAGACUAAAGAUCUGGUUUAUUUGUCUUUUGAGGACUAUAAGGCCAUAUUUCCCAUCAUGAUCAAGAGAGCUUCUGUCCCUGUUCUGUAUGACCCAGGGAAAGAUAUUAACUCACAGGUAACCAUAACAACCAAGACCUUUCUGAGGUAUGAGGAGUUGAAUGUCCUCAUCAACAGUAUCCGACAGUUUUACCCAGAAAUCAAAAUCAUUGUUGUAGAUGAUAGCCUAAUUCCAGAAAAGGUGAACGGCAGCAACAUAGAGCAAUACAUCAUGCCACCUGCACAGGGCUGGUUUGCUGGACGGAAUCUUGCUGUAUCACAGGUGGCUACUAAAUACUUCCUGUGGGUGGAUGAUGACUUCGUAUUCUGGAACAAUACGCGGAUAGAAGACUUUGUCGAGAUCGUGGAAAAUGUUCCAGAACUGGAUGUGCUUGGUGGAGCAGUAGGAAACAAUCAGUUCUUUUUCCGCAUUGUGUAUGAGGAGGGGGAGGAUGAGGAGGGUGGCUGUCUCCAACGUCUGCAAGGAGAGAAGCUUCAAUCUCUGCCAGGCUUAAAUGGCUGCUUCUUUGUAGAUGGGGUCGUCAAUUUCUUCCUGGCACGGACAGAUGCGGUGAGAAGGGUCGGUUUUGAUCCAUUCCUGAAAAGGGUGGCUCACACUGAGUUUUUUCUUGAUGGUCUCGGAGAUUUGAUGAUUGCCUCUUGUGAAGGACUUACAAUCGGCCACCAAAAGCAACGCAACCAAAACAAUUACAGAAGAUUUAGGUUUCCGGGACAAAGGGAUCAAAAAAACAAACUGACUCAUCAUUACUUCAAGAAUUAUUUGAAAUGCAUAAAGUACUGA